AUGGUGCCCGAUCCCACCGCAUUCGCACCACCGUGUUGGAGUUGGUGGCGGAGCCUUUCACCUCUCAAUCUCCCUAUCCCUCUCCUUCUAUGCUGUCUGCUAAACUGGGUCCUCCUCCCGGUGCUGGGGCUCGUCCACAGCAUCCCGGGUGUCCUGGACCCGCAAACCCAAAAGCCUUCCUUACCACCCGCUGAAUUCAGAGUUGGGCACAACGUCUUCUGCUCAACCCCGCGACUUGCGCCGCCACCCCCUCCAAUUGAAGAGCACAAACCCAUGUGGAAAAGCUUUUCCACGCCAUUAAUGUAG